UUAAUAAUUUUAAGGGAAGACUGUACAUAUUUUUAGAUUUUAUUAAAUGACUACUUUACUUACGAUAGUUUGGUUAUUACCUUUAAUUACAGUUUUUUUUUAUUAGAAUUUUUGCUGAGUUAAAUCAUAGGCCUGUGGAUUUUAUGGAUGUUACGCGACGCGCGUUUGCCCGGACAAUUUAAUCUUCUAAGGGCUGUAAUUGCACAGAAAACUGCAUAGCCACAUAUGCAUCCCUUAUAGAAAUGUAAGCGAAAUAAUUACUAGAAAAUUACUGUACAUCAAUAAUUUCUAAUACAGUAAUUCAAUUACUGAACUCUAGUAAUUGUUCAGCGCUUUUUUCGUUCCCAGUUACUGCAUUUCUGUAAGGGAUAGCAUAAGAAUCGUCCAAACAAAUGAGCAUCGAGCAUCGGGUCGCCAUAUUGAUUCACGUAACGUGCUCAUUGGUCUGGACGGUCUUAUGUUAUGCACAUGCGGCUAUGUAAUUUUGUGCGCGAUAAUUCCCAUUGUAUUUUUACAGAUGUAUCGGUUUUCGGAACAUAAUAAAAGAGAUAAAGAAUGAAAAGAAUCUUGUGUGUCACCUUUAAAUACAAUCACGUGAAGAUGUAAGAUUAUGCAAGAAUCUCUCUCUCUCUCUCUCUCUCAAUAUAACCUAUCCAUGAAUGGAAAAGUUAUUCUGUGAAGCCGUUUGCCAUAUCGAUAAAUAUUUGUUUAUCUUAUCACUUGUAGCGUGUUCGAUAGAAUUCUAUAUGAUACAUGUAAAUUGCUGAAGCAACUUACUUGCCUCGACCAAUUUUUGGACGUAAAAACCGCCAUAAAGCUAAAUUAAUUCUCUUUAGCUAGUCACGAAAGUAUACAUACUGAGCAUAUAAUUUACAUCUAAUAUCUGGUUCGAAGUGUUCGUCCGCGAUAUGACUCUUUAAAGGCUAAAGAUAGCGAGGAAAUAAUAUUUUCUUAUCUAUUUACGUCUUUGAAGUGUAUUUCUUAGAAAACUCUUCAGCUAUCGCGUUAGUUCGAAGUUGUUAAUGAGAAGAAAAUACACACACACGCGCGCGCGCGCACGCACGCACACGCAGCACACGCACGCACACACACACGCACACACACACGUUUCUUCUGCGAUGAACACUGUUGAGUUUUUGUAGCGAUAACGUCAUUACUACACGCAAUGGUACCUGGUGCGCGUUUGCGGGUUGCGUGCGAGUUGCGUACGCGCGGUCGACGGUACGCGUGUCGACGGGCGGAGCUCAUCCCGGCAUAUUAAAUUAACACGAUUACUCAGAACCGUAUCAAUUUUCUAAAUUGCUUAAUUGCUUUUAAAUUGCGUCUCUCGCAAGGCCCUUCAGUGAUGACGUAUUCGUUCGGAGUUACGAAUCAUAGAAGGCAAAAUCGUGAAACACAGCGCCAGGGAAAUAUGAUGUGCCGCACAUCAAAAUAGGAACUUUGGAUUUGGGAUGAUUCUAAGAUGUAUAUGAUUCAUAUUGGAACGAGGUCCCUGAGUUCAAGAGGACGUUAAUUGAUGCGCGAAGAAACACGUGGAUACGGCUUUCAUUAAUUCUUUUUGGACAGUCAUUUACUUCACUCGGGAGAAACCCAGGCGGCACACCAUGGCCAAUUCCGGCCGAAUUACGCCGAUCCGAAUCGAGAAGUGGACGUUGCAACGCGUCUCGAUUCCGGAUUGUUCGUCCGUGAGUUCUUUGGAAGAGGAUUACGGAUCUACCGGGUCCGAGGACAUGUCUAUUAGCCCGGACACGUCCUGCCGCUCGAGCGCGGACGCGGACAAGAGCUUUGACCUCGACGAGGACUUCCGCGAGAAGCUGACGAAAUACGAAGACAUAAUCGAGAAGAUCGAGAACCUACGGCUCGCGCGCAACAACGAAAAUAUCAAUGAAGACGGCGAAGAUACUAACGAGAACGUCAGCAGGACGCGCCGUAUCAGCAGCGAGAACGUAGAUAACAUAGAGUACCGGGGCAGUUGCAAGUCGCAAACGGGCCGUCAUACUGAUAGCGAGGACAUAAACAACAACGAGGAUAACGUCACGGCUGAUGACAAUGAGGGCCGUCUGCCACUUAACAUACGCGACGACACACGUGACAAGAAGCGAUGUCACUCUUUGUACGAUGGGGAUUUCUUGGACGACGAUUCGGAGACCGAGCAGGCGGGACGACAGGAGCACGAAGACUCUGACGAUUCCGAUUUGAUCCAACGGGGACCGAUCAAGCCCGACUUCCAACCCCUUCGGGGACACCCGUACUCCAUGGUGAGCUGGCUGUCGCGCGCAAACGAUGGCGCGGACGCCGCCUACGCGGUGGACUACGACAAGACGGCCGAGCAGAUCCUGAGGAACAAGGAUUAUAGCGAGAAGCUGAAUCCCUGCCUGGACCAGUUGUCGGACUCGAGCCGUAAUCAGGCAUCGAUCGGACUGAUGGGUCUGGCGAUGGAACCCAGCUGGACCGGAGAAAAUAACAACGAUGUCCUCUGUAACGGUGUCCCUAGCAACGACACCGCGGCGCUUCCCUCCAUAGUCGUCGACGAUCCGGGAGAGGAGUCCUUGAUGGACAUCCUGUCGCGUGGCGGUUUUCAAGCCGCGGUCUCGGUCUUCUCGGACGCCGGCAGUCACUCGAUUCCCUCGCCGGGCGCGAAGACCUGGUCCGACUCCCCGGCGAGCAGCCACAACUACGUCGUCUCGAGGUCGAACAGUCGGGCGUCGAGUCGCGCCCAGUCACCGGGCUCUGCUGCGAACUUGGAGUCGCCGCAGAUGCAUGUCAACGUUAUUGGCAGCCCGCUCGGUUCGCCGCAGGUCGCAUCGACGUAUCGGGUGCAAGCGCUGUCCUCCUCGUCCUCGUCCAACCAGUCCGACAGCGACGUGUCCAGCCCGUCGAAUUACCAGGCGCCCCUGAAUUAUCAGACCGAGGACCAGCUUGGCGAAUCCCUAUCCAGUUGGAAGGGCAUCUACGAUUCGUCGGGGACGAUCGUCAAUAGCAGCGACACGAUCGACUGCGCGUUGCUCCAGCUCGUGGAGCAGGUCAUAGAGGAGGACAAGCAGAGCAAGGCGCUGAAGGAGCCGCAGGUUGCCUCAAACGCACCCUGCUUCUCGUCGGUCUACAACGACCGAUGCGUGUCCGUGCGAACGUUGGGGAGUGAUCUGAAUCCGGCGUCGCGCGAGUGCCCCGCGAGAGCCAUGCGAAGCGAGAAGCUGGAGGCCUGCCUGGACAUACCGAACGCGAACACCAUCCAGGUCGACGGUCUGCCCAUCGACGGCAGCCUCGUGUCGGUCUACGCGAGCAAGGGGAGCACCGGCGGAUGCGCGUACGUGAAUCGUGCGGUGAACGCGGCGGACAUGGAGCCGAGGUAUUACGGGCCGAAGAACGGCGGUCGGGUCAACGUUAUGCCGCAGCGCAACGACGCGAACACCCUGCACGAGAUCGGGCUGACCGGCGAGACGCCCGCGAAGGCGUCCGAGCAGAAUUUGCGCGCGUCGCAGGAGAAGUACGCGAUGUUCCAUGCCGCCGGUGGAGAGAAGAGAUACGACCAGCCGCCGAUGUUUGUACCUAGCGACUAUCAGAUACCAACGAUGGUCUCCUCAUUCGUAUCCAGCCGUCCGCAGAGGAACUCAAAUCGAGGCAUUGUACCGUGGCCUUCGCUAAACUUACCGUCUGUAAGAGCGAGCGAGAGGCUAAAGGAAGGAUUGCAUCCUAAGGAAGUGGAAAGAGCCAUGAGUAAUCUGCUGAAGAAGUCCGUGGAGGAGCUGGCGGCCACGGACGAGGAUGGUGACACAGCGCUGAUGUGUCUGGUGGGUAAUCCGGAGGAGUUAACGAGGAAGAAAGCUUACUUGGUGCCACUGGUUGAGAGAUUGGGCAACCUGCCGGGCGCUCUGUCGAUGGUGAACAACCGCAACGAGGACGCUUUGUACUUGGCUGCCAUGAAUUGCCCGGAAAUGCCGUACGUCACCGGAUACCUGGCCGCCGCAAUGCUGCAGAAGGGGAUCGAUAUCAACCAAAGAUUAUAUCGCAUGCGCGGCGACACGCUGAUACACUCGGUCGCGGCACGCGGCGAUUCCCACGGAGAGAUCUUGGCGGAGCUGCUGGCAUUGAGGACGGUGCAGGGAAAUCCCGUGUUCGACUUAUCGAGGUGCAAUUGUGACGGGAAAACCGCUCUUCACGUUGCAGUCGAAUCGCACGAUCCCACCGGACGGGGCGUCAAGUCCUUGGCCACGGCGCGUCUUCUCUUGGAGAACGGCGCAAAUACCAAGGUCAAAGAGAGCAAGUCUGGCGACACCGCUUUACAUAUGGCAGCCUCAUUGAGUUGCGAUCCCGCACUCCUGAAGGUGUUGCUGUGCAAAGCCGCUCCGAAUGUCGUAAACGAGACCAACUACAUGUUCAACACGCCGCUGCACAUGGCCGCAGCAGUCUCGAAUACCGUAAACUUGGAGAAGCAGAAGGAGGUCUGCCGGCUCCUGAUACAAGCCGGAGGCCAGACGAACAUACAAAACCGGCAGGGGAAGACGCCCCUGGCGCUCGUAUCGCCGGAAAGGAAAGAGGCCAUCAAGAGGAUAUUCUACAAGAAAGCGUGAUAAAAGACACGGAAAUGGGCUCGAUGAUGGGCUUCACAUAAGACUGAUCUCUGCGGAAGUAUUUAGGAGCGCGCACUUGGACUCCUUGGCGCUUCCCGCUUCGUUUCGUGAACUACUGCGACAGGAUUCGCUUAUCACGAGCAAACCCUCAAGACUGUGACGCGAUCCGUACCAACGAUACGCGCAACAUUAUUAAUCGCGUGAAAUUAUCGAGGAAAUUGUAGUCCCGAGUUGCGUGUCGAUAAGGAAAAGCAUAAUUUACUACGCUACAACAUCUUCGUAUUCGCAUUGUCCGUUUAACACCAGACGUGGACACUAUCUUCUUUUCGAGAAGUAGCUAUCAACGUUCUUCAAACGGAAGAAAUGUGAAACACAUAUGCAUGUUACGUCUACGUAUAUGUAUAAAGUUACACGAUAUUUCCUUAUCUUUACUUUUAGAAUGACACUUACUAUUCUAAUCGCAAUCUAGUGAUACGUAUAAUAUAAUUUUAAUACGAAAAGAGAUGCUUAAAGCGAACAGGCACGUUCAAUGAUAAACAUAAGAGUGUGCCUUAAAAUAUCAUGGUGUCAUACGUGCCUUUGACCAGAGCUUGGUAUCUUAACUUUUUUUCAUUAAAGAUACAAAUAUAACAUAAAUCUUCAAUUUAUUCAAUUAUUCAAGAGAUACGAAUACACGUAACAUUUCUUGAAUUCCUUCGAUUUUAGAUAUAGAUAUAAGAUGCACUCCCUUAUUGUUAGUAGCACAAUGUUAGAAAUGCAUUGGUCGACAUUGUCCAACGUAAAGCCAAUAUGGGCCGUGGACUAAACGUAAAUAUU